AUGCAAUUUCCUGGAGAAAGGGUUAAGGCUCGGCUCUACACCUUAACCUCCAUAUCAGCGCUCUUCGUGUUGGCAAAGACGCUCCGACGAAAAAUUGACAACGGUAGUGGCUUUAGGUUAACCAAAACCUUAUGGGGAGAAGAUCUCGUAGAACCCGGACUUUCUUACCAUCUACCCAAGUUGUUUGGGAGUAACCUGAAUCUUGGCAAACAUCUGGGAAACAUCACUAUCGCUGGGAGGAACUGGGAAGAUUUCAUUUUUGCAGCGGACGACAUGAGUGCUGCCUGGAGGGCUUACGGGAAGAUGGCGCAGAUGUUCAUCGUGAGAUGCAGAGUUGAGGCCAAGAUAUCUUUGGAGAUGGCCCUGUGUGGUUCUAGCGGCCAUGUCUCAUCUUCCCAGCCGACCGUUGGGGUCGUUUCCCCAGUUCGCUUGCCAGUUUCUGUUCCUUCUGGUUUUCUUUUAUGGGUACAAGAAGGAAGAGGUUGUGAUCUUACUUGGAAAAGGCAAAGUUUUCAUGUGGUUCUGUCGUCGGAUGAGGAGACAGAAUCUGACGAUGCAGGUCUUCGUCCUCGUAAAGCCCGUAGGAUUGUAUAUGUGGCCAGGCUUCUUGGUGAUACCGGGGGUAUUCUUGGCGGUCAAUUUUCUGUGCCUGAGAAGAAAGAGGUAGUGUUGGUGCCAAGUUCUCCGAAGGCAUCACCCUCACCAUCCACUAGUUCACCCAUGGUUAGCCCUGGUUUCGGCUCUAUGUCUCAGGGUGCGUCGAGUUCACCUGGAGAUACUACCGCCCAGGAGUGGAGUAGAUGCAAUCAUCCUCCAGCCAUGAUGAGUUCUCUUGCGGGUCAAUCAAGUGCUCAUAUGGCUAGUGACCUUUGUUACGUCGUGGCCCAGACCUCUGCCCUUAUGGUUGCUGUCACCGACCGGGUUCGCCGUGCUGGUGUGAAUUAG